AUUUUUCUGAUGGUGGAAUUGGAUAUGUUGAAAUGCUAUUUAGGUGUAAUUAUUUAGCUCUGGUUGGUGGUGGCAAACGACCUAGGUAUCCACCAAAUAAAGUUAUGGUUUGGGAUGAUUCACAAGAAAAGCAUGUAAUUGAGCUUGAUUUCACUUCUGAUGUAAAAGCUGUGAAGCUGAGAAGAGAUAGAAUUGUUGUGGUAUUGGAAACCAUGAUUAAAGUAUAUACAUUUACUCAGAAUGCACAGUUACUUCACAUAUUUGAAACAUGCUCAAACUCCAAAGGUUUAUGUGUUUUAUGCCCAAACAGCAACAAUUCUCUACUAGCAUUUCCAGGUUGUAAAAGUGGUCAUGUUCACAUAGUGGAUUUAGCAAAUACAGAGAAAGCUCCUUUAGAUAUAGCUGCUCAUGAAGCUGCACUUAGUUGUAUUGCUUUGAAUUUAGUUGGAACAAAAAUUGCUACUGCAUCUGAAAAGGGUACACUGAUAAGAAUCUUUGAUACAUCUUCUGGGAAUUUGUUGAAUGAAUUAAGAAGAGGAGCUAACCAAGCAAAUAUAUACUGCAUAAAUUUCAACUUUGAUUCUUCUCUCAUCUGUGUAUCAAGUGAUCAUGGAACAGUUCAUAUUUUUGCUGUAGAAGAUAGUAAGAGGAACAAACAGUCAAGCUUAGCAUCUGCAUCAUUUUUGCCCAAAUAUUUUAGCUCUGUUUGGAGUUUUUCACGUUUCCAAGUGCCUGGAGGGUCACACUGUAUUUGUGCGUUUGGAACUGAGCCUAACUCUGUUAUAGGAAAUACUUUGUCCACUUUUACAGGAUACUUUUAACAGUGUUGCAUUAAAAAUAUUAAAAAUGAAGCUGUCUGUAUUUAUAAAUGAUUGAAGAUUUAAUAUAUAUAUCAUACAAUUCAUUUUGCUAUUUAUUUAAUGAAAUAGCAUCUAAUAAAACAUUCAUUUUUUUAUUGUGGCUGAAUUAAUUAUCAGUUUGCAAAGUUAAUUUGUGUUAAAUGUUAUUUUGAAUCAUCAGUGUGUAGAAAUAUUUCUCCUUGUUUAGUUUCCUUUAACAAAUUUAAAUUCUCGUAUGUAUUUUUUAUAUUCUAUUUGAAGUUAUUAAAUGAUAGAUUAUAUCCAAAAUGGUUUGCCUUUAUGUACUUUACCAUAGUUGCUGUUUCUAAAAUAUCAUGCAUAAUAUAUCAUGAAGUUAGUCAUUCUGUGAGGUAUUUCAUUUCGUUUUACAAAAUGUGUAUCCACAAUAAUUAUCAUUUGCAUAUGUCAUGCUUAUUUUCCACUUGGAAAACAAGUUUCAACACUUAUUAAUUUUAUGCAUCAAAAUAAUGUAUCUCUUAUGAGUCUUAAGUUGGAGAUUUAAAUUCAUUUUUAUUAUACUGAUUUAUUUUAUUUUGCAAAAUAAUUUACACCCGGUAGUGUAAAUGUUAUCAAGUUCUUCCUUGACCAUACAAAAUCCAUGUCAGAUUUGGUGCAGUUUUUUCCUAAGAAUGUAUUACAGAAAACAGCUUGGAUUUAUGAGAAUGAAUAAAUACUUCCAGUUUCAUGUUUGUAAAAUGAUUUAUCUCCAAUAUAGUGCUUGUCAUUGAAUUUGAUGUUUCAAACUUGAUGUUACAAUGAAAAUUUGUCAUAAAAACCUUUCUCAAUUAACUCUGUGUUAAUUGCACUUUAUAUCUGUUUGAAAAUAAAUUAUAUUAGAUUGUAAAUUGUAUCAUAUAUAUGUAUGGUAAAUAUUUUGUGAUAAUGUAAAAUAUUUUGUUAAAAAAUAAAAAAAAAAUGUACAGUUCUAA